GCAAAAGAAUCACAUGCAGCUUGCUGUGCAUCAUGCUAGCGUCUACCGUGACAGCCAGCACGCAGUUUUCCUCUCACAUCAAUGUGAAUACGCCCGCGAGGAGUUACUCACAUGGAGUGGGGGAUCCAGUACAUUUGCUGGAGAGACGGGCCUUUCAGAGGCAGUCGCAAAGGGCGCAGGCCAGGAGUUUGCGAAGGAAUCCCUCACAGGGCUACCCGCGAGUGAAGCCGACAGUGCCCUUCACCGUGGAGGAAGCACCGCCCUCAAACUCCUUGAGUGCCUUACCAUGGCAGUACAAUAGCUAUACAGAUACAGUCAUCCCAGUAUUACCUCCUUCUCCGUACAAAGUGGACUCUCCGGACCCUGAGUCGCUGUGGCCAGAAGGUCUGUUUCUGCCGCCCGUGCCAGCACCUCGCUUCGGCGGCUCGUACGGCCGCAGAGUCGACAAUGGAGAGGUAACAUCAGAAUUGGAGAUUGAGGACCCAUACCUUCUAGAAGGUUCAGAGGCCAUUGCUGCUGUUGAGAGAGCGAACCUCCAUGGCAACCUAUACUUCCACGACAUCCCACAUAUCAAGUCUUUGCUUGAAAACCAGAAUCUGAGGAUCAAAAACCAACUGAAGCCUUACCGGCUAGCCAGCAUACGCCAUACUUGGCCCUACUACCGUCCUUAGCCCACACAAUAAAACAAACCAAUACAAAUUAAUAUGUAUAUUUUUAUAAGAUUGUAAAAAUACUCAUUUACAAAAGUCAUAAUUAAUUAUUUGCAUUUCAUUUAAUAAA